CUCUCCGUCCCCCAGCACAGACUUGCUCCUUUAAGCCUGGAGCAGAAAUGACCGGCCUAAUCCCUCCCACCUGCCCGCUCCCCCUGGCCUGUCCCUGACGUCAGGGGAAGGCGUGCGGCUGUGUGUGUGUGCAGGGUGCACAUCGUACACACAUCAGAUACCGCAGAUCCAUCAGGAGGCAGCCAGCAGCCAGCGCGCACGAGAGAAACCCCCCCAGAGCCAGGCUGCAUGCAAGACGGCUGCUCCUCGCAAGGUAGCAGAGGAGCUUUCAUCCCCCCUGGGCACUGAUGCUUUGUAAAUCACAGCUCCAGGGAGCCAGGGAUUGCUGAGGAGGUUGCAGGCAGCAGCGGCGCGCGGCCCUGAGCUCCGGCAGACUCUCCUGCCCCGCCGGCCGCCCACGACGGAGCAGUCCGCCAGCCCGGCCAUGUCGUCUGACCCCAGCGCGCCGCCGGCGGUGCCACCGCUGCACUCGCCCAAGUCACCUGUGUGGCCCACCUUCCCCUUCCAGCGCGAGGGCAGCCGCGUCUGGGAGCGGGGCAACCUCCUGCUGCGGGACCUGCCCAGCCCGCUGCCCACCAAGAGGACCCGCACGUACUCCGCGACGGCUCGCGCCUCCGCCGGCCCCAUCUUCAAGGGCGUCUGCAAGCAGUUCUCGCGCUCCCAGGGCCACGGCUUCAUCACCCCUGAGAAUGGCACAGAGGACAUUUUCGUCCACGUGUCCGACAUCGAGGGCGAGUACGUGCCAGUGGAGGGGGACGAGGUGACGUACAAAGUCUGCCCCAUCCCUCCCAAGAACCAGAAGCUGCAGGCGGUGGAGGUGGUGCUCACCAACCUGGCCCCCCAUGCGAAGCACGAGACGUGGUCCGGCCAGAUCAUCGGCUCCUAGGCGGCCGUGGGGGGCCGCGAGCCGGCUCGGCUGGCAGGCGCCCGCGCCGGGGGGCAGCCACACGGAGUGAGCGGGGAGCUGGGGCGGCUGGCCCGGGGCCGCCCCAGAACGUGUAAGGCGUUUGCGUUCGGUGUCUUUUAUACGGUUACAGUUUCCUUUCUGUCUGUCUGUCUGUCCCUCCUCGGCCCCCUCCCUGGCCCCCUCCCACCCCCCCGAUUCGGCCCCGCAGGGAAGCGGCAUGGGAAAGCGCCCGGGGCCGCCGUGGGACUCGGCGGGGAGCGGGGCGGCACGGGGCUGAGCAUCGCUGUGCCGGGACGGGGGCAGCUAAGCCCUUCCCGCUCCCUUCCCCUGUCGCUUGUAAUUCGAAUAUGUCACUCGUUUGGGAGACGGGUGACUUGUUUUAAUGUUAGUUUUUGCAGUCUCUUUUUAACGUCUCCACUGGCUCGGACCAGGAGAGCGGGAGGCAGGAGGAGUGGGCACGAUCCGAACAAGCAGCUUGGGUUUUAUUUCCUUUAAACCGUGGGUUUUGGAGGUCUGAUUUGCGAGCAGCCUUGGUGGCGAGCAGUGCUGCGGAGCACGCACGUCCCCACGGGUGGCCUGGGGCAGGGCUUGACCCUUGGCGAUGCCAUGGGACGGGGAUGUGCUGCCCCAUGAGCUCAAGAAGUAAGGGGAAAAAAGAAAGUGUGGCUUAAAGAAAGAAAAAGAUUAGUUUUAAGGGGAAAAGCCACCCUGCGCUCAAGGGUGAGCGCUUGGGGGUGUAUCUGGGUCACCACUUGCUGCGUGCAUUUGCCAGUCCCCACUGCUAGCCCCAUGGGCGGCCGGGUGCCCACGGCCGCACUCUCGCCCUGGGCCGGGGAGGGCUGGCUCUGGCGGGCAGCACAGGGCCGGCAGCACCAUUGCUGAUGCUCCGACUGCCAAGGCCGAGCCCAGGAGCCAGGCGGCCCCUGGCCUGAGGGGCUGAGCCCCGGCAGACUCGUGUCAUGGCAUGGCCGCGAGGCAGGUGAUGCACUCUCCUGGGACCAAGCUUUUAGGGCAACGGCUUCCUUCUCCUCUCCCAGCCCCGACGCCCCAGCCCCCAUGGGGACGCCCCUCUGCGUGCACGUGUGUGCGUGUGUCUGUAGCUUGCCACGGGGCAGGAGGAGAGGGGCCAAAGGACCGGGGCGGUCACAACCUUCCCCCGGUUGUGCCACAUGCAGCCAUCUCCCUGCCCCCUCGGUGUAGACAGGGUCUCAUAUAUAAAGCACAAACUUCGUUUUUCGGUCUCUUUUCGGCCACGUCCUGGCCAGGCAGACCCCCGUGCUCAAGGGGUAGGAUGGGGGGCAGCCCCCACGCCCCGUCCCCCCGGGGGAACCGCCAGCACCGCCAGGCCUCGGCACCGGUGGAGCGGAGGCUGGACCAGGAGCCUGGGAGAAAGGCAACCGCCGCCGAAUGGGUUUGUUUUUCCAUUUUCAACCAUUCUGCGACAGCCCAGCAGACGCGGGUCUGCUGUAAUCGGGGGGGGGGGCGCGGGGCAGCCACCCUGCCCGGCACUGUGUGGCACAGCGCGGGGUGAUGCAGACCUGGGGUCCUGCUGCCCCAAACGCCAGACUUGCUUGGGGAUUGCCUCAGGUCCCUGCCGCGCCCCGGGGUCCAGCGCCGCGCCAGCACCGGGCCUCCCCAGACCCGUGGUCAGCUUGGCCAAGACAAACGUUGAUUUUCUUUUCUUUUCUUUUUUUUUGGAAAUAAACUAAAACCCUAGAAUUGUUGGUGUUUUUACAACUCUAGUGUGGUUCCCGCCUGUCUGACCUUGUGUCGACCUUUGUAACGUUGGCAAUAAUCCAUUAAAAGUGACUUUCCCAUGA